UCCUGUUGGUUUUAUUCCUUCAGGGAUUUGCCCGUGUGAGCCGGUGACUCAUUAAUAGCUCAUGGUGCUGCUCCGAGCUGCUGCCAGCGCCCAGGCGGCCGUCGGGGUCUGUGCUGGCUGCCCUGCCCCUGCUCGUCGAGGCCAGGGCCGAGCCGGGGAGGAACGUGGUGGACUCGGGAUUUUGUAAGGAUGUGUGUGUGAAACCUUCCUUUCUUGGUUAUUGUUUGUAAGAGGCCAAGGGGGAAGCAGAGAAAUUCAGGCUUAAGGAUCUAGCCUUUGUGCUUUUAAAUACCUGAGCACAGCUGAACGCACGAAAGGGAAAAAAAAAAAAAAAAAAAAAAAAGGAAGUGAUUUAACUGUGUUCUUGGGGAAGAGCAUUGACCUUACAUCCAGCUGGGUAGGUAAAGUCACCGUGUGUGUGUAUACACGUAAUUCAGCCCUUGACGUUCGGGAAUUGAGCACAGGUAACUUGCUGUGUAUGGCGUGGACUGAGGGUACAAGCUGUCCCUUGAAGCAGUGACUGUAAAUUUGCAUUUGGUUGUGAGCGAGAAGUUGGACCUCGCACCCAGUUUCAUUACUGAGCUGCUUCGGUUCUCCUUUCCAACGCUUUUUUGAUGUGGAAGGCUACUGCAGGGCACACCAUUUCUGUCAGUCAGGACGAUGGAGCUGAUGACUGGGAGACGGAUCCUGAUUUUGUGAAUGAUGUGAGUGAGAAAGAACAGCGCUGGGGGGCUAAAACUGUGAAAGGAUCCGGCCAUCAAGAGCACAUCAAUAUUCAUCAGCUGAGAGAGAAUGUGUUCCAAGAACACCAGAACCUCAAAGAAAAGGAGCUUGAAACAGGACCAAAAGCUUCUCAUGGCUAUGGAGGGAAAUUCGGUGUUGAACAAGAUCGCAUGGAUAAAUCAGCUGUUGGGCAUGAAUAUCAAUCGAAGCUUUCUAAGCAUUGCUCCCAAGUGGAUUCUGUGAAAGGGUUUGGAGGCAAGUUUGGAGUACAAACUGAUAGAGUUGACCAGUCAGCUGUUGGGUUUGAAUACCAGGGGAAAACUGAGAAGCAUGCCUCCCAAAAAGACUACUCAAGUGGUUUUGGUGGAAAGUACGGAGUACAAGCUGACAGGGUGGACAAGAGUGCAGUGGGAUUUGAUUACCAGGGUAAAACCGAGAAACAUGAAUCACAGAAGGAUUAUUCCAAGGGCUUUGGUGGUAAAUAUGGUGUUGACAAGGACAAAGUGGACAAAAGUGCUGUUGGCUUUGAAUAUCAAGGCAAAACGGAAAAACAUGAAUCACAGAAAGAUUAUGUGAAGGGGUUUGGAGGCAAGUUUGGUGUGCAGACAGACAGACAAGACAAAUGUGCACUUGGCUGGGAUCACCAGGAGAAAGUGCAGCUGCAUGAAUCCCAGAAAGACUAUAAGAGUGGUUUCGGAGGGAAAUUUGGUGUACAGACAGAAAGGCAGGACCCAUCUGCUGUGGGGUUUGAAUACAAGGAGAAACUAGCCAAGCAUGAAUCUCAACAAGAUUAUUCAAAAGGAUUUGGUGGGAAGUAUGGCGUACAGAAAGAUCGGAUGGAUAAGAAUGCAGCAACUUUUGAAGACAUUGAGAAACCAUCAUCAACAUAUCAGAAAACCAAGCCAAUAGAAGCUGUUGCUAAUAAAACAAGCAGCAUCCGAGCUAACUUUGAAAACCUAGCCAAGGAAAAAGAACAAGAAGACCGAAGGAAGGCAGAAGCUGAGAGAGCACAAAGAAUGGCUAGGGAGAAACAAGAACAGGAGGAGGCUCGGAGGAAACUGGAGGAGCAAGCUAAAGCCAAAAAACAGACUCCACCACCAUCUCCUACCACACAGCCAGCUGAACAGAAGGCACCCUCAAGCCCAGUCUAUGAGGAUGCAGUUUCAUAUGAUGCAGAGUCUGCCUACAAGAACUCCAGCACAAAGUACUCAGCUGCGCAGGAGCCAGAGCCUGGCUACAAAGCUGCAGAGUCAGACUACCAAGAAGCAGUGAGUCAGCGAGAGGCAGAAUACGAACCUGAGACGGUCUAUGAAGUGGCUGGGGCAGGAGACCACUACCAAGCAGAAGAAAAUGCUUAUGAUGAAUAUGAAAAUGAACUUGGAAUCACAGCCAUAGCCCUUUAUGAUUAUCAGGCUGCGGGUGAUGACGAGAUCUCCUUUGAUCCAGAUGACAUCAUCACAAACAUAGAAAUGAUCGAUGAUGGCUGGUGGAGGGGUGUCUGCAAAGGCCGAUACGGGUUGUUUCCAGCGAAUUACGUGGAGCUGAGACAAUAGAGACUAUUGUCUACUGGUUAUGCCUUAAUUCCCCAGUCAAUAAAUCUGACUUAAUACACUACAAAUCAUGAUGCUUUUCUGAGGAUGGAGGGGUAUAUACAUAUUGCUUUUAUAUUUAAUACUAUGCUGAUGCUUUUUAAAAUGUUUAUGCCACAGAAGUUGCUAAUAUAUUGUAACUACAAUGUUCUUCACUAAGGCUCUUAAAAUGAUUUUCAUGCAUUUGGAAACAUUUCUUCUCUGCCAAAUUAGCAAUUGUCAUAAAAGGCCUUUCCGAGGACGAUUAGCUGUCUGUCAUAAUAUUGCAUGUUUUACUCAUAAGUGAGCAGAUUUACCUAGUGUUUAAGUCUAGUUAGUCUUCCACUACAUGUUUUCAGCUAAGAAAAUCAUGGCUAUGCAGGUUAUUUGCAUUUCCACUAAGCAAGGGGGUGGGGAGGACUGGGGAGGGGCAUAACUCUUUUUUUCUUUUCCAGAUAGUGUGUGAAAAAGCAAAGAGAAUGCGUGAAAGUUGCAGCUAAUGGCAGUUAAUCAAGUACUGUCCAAUAUUUACGGAAUAUUAGUGUUAUGAAGGAAACAGUCUGGUUACUUUUUCCUUCUCUUUUAGAGUGAACUUUCUUGGCUAUUGCAUUGAUAUUUUUUUUUUUUUUCCCUCCUGAUCUUGCUAUUCCUCUUCAUGUAAUACCAGAGGAGGGCUGCAAACACUCUAGCACUGAUUAUCCUGAAUUUCUUCACAUCUUUGUUUUGUUCCACCCUCCCCUCUCUCACAGGAAAACUUGAAAAAAUUACAAGUGUUGAGUCGUUCAGUGAAAUUCCUACUUGUUCAAAGGGAAACUGGCAUCCAAAUCUGUGCAACUACCUACAGGAGUAGUCUCAUUGCUUUAAACAGGAGGAAAAAAGGCAAGAUGGAAUUGCAGUUGCAUUCUGUGUACAAUGCAUCCUUUGUUCAUACAAUAAAACAGGCAGGCCUGCUGUGCAGUAGUAACAUUUUAUACAACCAUAUUUGAGUUGAGGAAUAUUAAUACAAAUAAUUUGAUUUAAAACCCAUAGAAAUAUUCUCCAUUUUUAAACCAUAUGAAAGACAACUGUAUUUUUUGUAUGUUCUACAAAAACUGCCAGUAACAUUCUGCUAAACGAUGGAGUUAAACCUGUUCUUUGCCAAAUCUAAAACUGAAGUUUUUGUCAUUCUAGAAAGCUGACUUCACAGCAGAUUUAGAGUCCCUACCAAAGAUAGUAAGUUGCAUCUAAUAGUGCACAUGUUAAGUGUAUGUACUGUCUGUUUCCACCUUCUGAUCAAAACAGGAAUGGCAGAACUGGUAUGGUAGCUAAGAAAGAAUGCAGAGAAUUUUUAUAAACUGUAAAUUUGGACCAAUGGAAUAUAGAAGACCUGUACAAAAUGGUAAAAUAUAUAAUGUAUCUUAGAAGGCAUCGUGUUGAACCAAUUCUUGGAUGGUUGGGACAAUCCUUAAUGAAUGUCAUAUGUAUGUCAUUAUUAUAUAUAUUUUUUUCCUUUCCAUGGUCUCACUUCUGUGUUGUAUUUGCAUUACUAGGGUUGGGUUUUAUAUGCAGUUUAUUUUAUCCAAUUUUGCAUAGAACACCUCAUAGAGGGGAUAUGAUUUUUGUAAAUUAAAUAUUCAAUAAACUUUUUGAACCAUU